AUGAUUGACCAUACCGUCAUCGCAGUCCCCGAGGACAAGUUCAAGGAGUGCUUGGACCUGUACGUCAAGGCCUUCGAGCCUCUCGGAUACCAGAUCGCCUAUCAGUUUGGCGAGUACACGGCCGGCCUUGGCUCACAGCUCGAACCUAUCAAAGACUAUAAGCUCGCUGACCUCUGGGUCAAGGGGGUGAAGGAGGGUGUUACCAAGACUCACCUUGCGCUCCGCGCCAAAGAUCGAGCUGCGGUGGACGCCUUCCACGCGGCGGCCCUUUUGGCGGGAGGGACGGACAAUGGAGCGCCGGGUCUGCGAGCGUAUCAUGCCAGUUAUUAUGCGGCGUUUGUGAUUGAUGCGGCGGGCAAUAACAUUGAAGUUGUGUGCCAUACCCCUUAA